CAGGAAGAUAUAAAAGUCGCAAGAAAAUUGUGUCAAAUAGAAAUACUACUUUCUAUCUCACAGAAAAAUAAGAAAGAUAAAAAACUAAUAUGGAGCAAAAAGAAGAAAUGAAGAUUGUGCAAGACAUUUUGCCCAUUCAACUGUAUUUGACUGAUUGGCAUGUUCGUGUUACCUGGAUCGCCUUUAUGACCCUUUUUGUAUUAUGGGGUCUUGCAUGGUGGGUUCGUAAUGCUUUUGGUGGAGAUAAAAGCACAAUAGCUCCUGUGGCAACCACUACCACCACAACAACUGGUACUGUAGACCCUACUCUAACAAAUGAUCCUAACCGUACUGGCGCCGUUACCGAUCCCGAAAUUGGUGGCACUGCUGGAACCACUACAACCACUGGUCAUACAAAAUACGCUACAGCUCCCUCUUGGACUCAAAACGCUUUCAAUCGGCUCAACCGUGCUCAUGAUUUACUUCGGGAUUUGGUACUAAUGCUACUUUCUGCCUUGUGUAUUAACACAUUCGCUCGUGCUUCUACACGUGCAGUAAUGAUCCUUGCUUGGAUUUUCGUUGCAUUUGCUAUUGUCUAUUUCUUUGUCGAAGCUGGCUAUGAGCAUCGUUACCUUAGACUUGUCUAUUGCUGUAUUUUCUAUGGUAUUGCUCUUGCCAUUGUGGGUCUUGCAUAUGCCCAAGGUUUCUAUUAGAUAUAGAGCUACACUAUCGUUUUACCGCUAGUACACUGUACCAUAAAAACGCAUUACUAAUUUAAUUUAUGUUAAUCUAACACCUACUACUACUUUUUACAAUACUUAUAAUAACUAUUAAUAAUAAAUAGUACACUUUGUCGUAUAAUGUAUUUAUGUAAUGUUGACAAGACAUGGUUUCUAUAUAUGAAAGUAGAAU